UGCAAAACUAUUAUACCGGAUAAUGAAGCUAAUCGAGCUAUUAACAAUUAUUUUUCAAUCAACGAUAGUACUUACGAAUUUUUAUUUAAUUUCAGCUUCAUCAAAUGGAAGCGAAUGUCAAACCACUGGCUGCCAGGAUGCAGCCAAGCUGGUCAAGGGCAAUAUUGACACGAGUAAGCAACCUUGCGAAAAUUUUUACAGCUUCGCGUGCGGUGGUUUCGUCAAAACUGCCCGUAUUUCAAAGAAUCAGGACGUCGUCGACCAUAUCAGUCUGACGCAGGAGAAAGUGCGCAAAGAGCUCGGCCAAAUGCUCGAGGAAAGCAUCAGUUCAAAGGAGCCGAGGACCUUCAAAUUGGUCAAGCAAUUUUACAAAGCCUGUAUGGACGAAGCUAGCAUCGAGAAAAAAGGCAUUGCGAGUGUGUUGAAUUAUACGCGCAAACUCGGAGGAUGGCCUGUGCUGAUGGGUGACUUCUGGAACUCGAGUGGAUUCGACGUUUCGGAAACUUUGUACCAAAUGCGUAGGAUCGGUUUACGGCCCAACGCCAUUAUGGACCUUUUCGUUUUCAGCGAUAUCAAUGAUACCUCGACCAAUGUACUUUACAUCGAUAGCCCCCGUCUUACAGUGCAUUCGGAAGAUUACAGACAAGGUUUUCUCAGUAAAAAAAUUCAGGCCUAUUACCAAUACAUGGUAGAAAUAGCGACUUGGUUUGGAGCUCAAGAGGCGAACGCCGUUGUACAAAUGAGAAAAGUCCUGGAGGUCGAAAAAGCCUUCGCAAGUGCAGCUGGAAUAUUUACGUCAGACUUAUCUGGCAAUAAUAUUCCUGUAGGAGAGCUUGCUAAAAAAAUUCCAUCCUUGAACUUGUACCAAUACCUGCAAGUCAUGACCGAACCAAUCGAGAAAAUCGACUUGGAUAAAAAUUUACGCAUUGUGGAGCCGGAUUAUUUAAUAUCGCUCGAGCACAUUUUACACUCGACUCCUAAACGAGCCAUGGCCAACUAUUUGAUUUGGAAAAUGGUUGAACAAUUCGUGCCUCAUUUGACGAAAAAAUUUCGAAUGAGAUAUCACGAAUUCAUGAUACAAAAGUCUGACAGGAGUUCGGCGACUAAAAAUAUAAAAAGGCACGAGCAGUGUAUCGAUUUGCUGGCGGACGAUCGCAACGGCUUGAUGGUUGGGCUUGGCUCGAUGUACGUCAAAAAGCAUGCCAGUAGCUUAUCGAAAGAGGAUUUGAAAAUUAUCGUAAACGAUGUCACCGAUUCAUUUAAAGAUGUCAUUGGAAAGGCGGACUGGCUCGACCAGAAUUCGCGAAAAGCAGCCGUGGACAAAGUGACGUUCAUGGGUCACGUCAUUGGCUAUCCAAACGACAUGAUUAAUGAUCAAAAACUUGAUUCUUACACCAAGUCGCUGAAUCUGUCCGCGAACGACGCAGUGAAGAAUUUCCUGAACUUGCAGCGUUUCCACUACGAGCAUUCGCUGGCGAAUCUGCGAAAACCGUCCAACCGACUGUUGUGGACCGUCCUCUCGGAAUCCAUCAGAGUCAACGCUUAUUACUACAAAACUCAGAAUAUAUUUGUUGUUCUAGCGGCGAUGCUACAGCCACCAAUCUACAAUCCAGACUGGCCAGCUUACGCCAAAUACGGCAGCAUUGGUUUCAUCGUGGCCCACGAAAUGAUGCACGCCUUCGAUACGGAAUCUUACAAGCUCGAUAAGACGGGCUCGUUGAAAAAAUGGAUGUCACCCGCUUCCGAAAGCAGCUACUUUCAAUUGACCCAAUGCCUCACUAAACAGUAUCACAAUUUCAAAGACGAAGAUAAUGGUUUGAGGGUUGAUGAAUUUCGAUCUCUGAACGACAACAUAGCAGACAACGGCGGCUUGAAAGUGGCUCACAUCGCUUACAAAAAGUGGAUAAAAAAGAACAAGGAGGAGGACAAAUUGCCGGGACUCGAUUACACUCCUGAGCAGUUGUUCUGGAUCACGGCGAUGAGCUUUUUGUGCAGCAAAAAGACCUACGAGCGACUUUUCGACGACUUCGUGCUGGAAGAUCAUACGCCCGAUGAGUUUCGAGCCAUCGGUAUGCUUAUGAACUCCCGAUCGUUCGCCAAAGAUUUUCAAUGUCCGGCAAACUCGCGCAUGAAUCCAACUGAUAAGUGCACUAUUUGGUAG